AUGGCGGCCAUGGAGGAGCUGGAGAUUCACAGCAAAUCUUACUUUGUUCGUUGGAUCAAUGUCAGCGCGAAUCAUACAAUCUCCUGGAGUAUUCAACCUCAUAAGAAGUCCGUCAACUUUGGCAUCUUCAAACACCCGGGCCAAUCUUCUGCUCUGAGCUCCCAUAUUCCGGCCUCCGAUUCCCAGAGCACCGAUUCCACUGAGAACCUCCCCGCAACUGCGAACGCCGGGGCGCGACAACAACAGUCCGCUGCUAUUGAGAAGCUGACCGCGAUCGGGCUCAAAACAAUCAAAUGGAUCGGCAAGUGUGAGGCAGACAGAAUUACUCAGGGCACAUACGAUGUCUCGGCUAGUGAGGGGGGCAAUUAUGCGCUCGUCUUCGACAACACUUUCUCCAAACAGAUCUCGAAGACCUUGACACUUGUCCUACUCACCUAUCCGACGGGCCUCCAGCCACAUACCUCUGCGUUGACCGUUCCCCCCGGAUGCCAGCCAGCGGCGUCGACCGAAUCCCUGACGCAACCCCAGACUCGCCGACGAGCGAACAGUCGAGCUACACUCAGCUCGCACCAGGCCGAUGUGUCGAACCAGAGUGUUCACACGGGACUGUUGCAGAAGCGGCGACGAAAGCGUCACCAAGGCUGGGCGCGUCGCUUCUUUUCGUUGGACUUUACCUCGAGCACCCUGUCAUACUACCAUGACCGCAAUUCGGCUGCAUUACGUGGCGCAAUUCCGCUGUCGCUAGCGGCUGUUGCGACUAACGAAAAGUCUCGUGAGAUCUCCAUUGACUCAGGGGCUGAGAUCUGGCAUCUGCGUGCCAGUAAUGAGCAUGAGUUCGGUGCCUGGAAGCGUGCUCUGGAGAAGGCCUCCUCCAAAGCCACUCCCAAGGACAAUGGCAGAGCUGCCCCUCCGCAGCUGCGGCUUUAUGCUCCUUCGCAACCCUGCCCGGCAGAGGAGCAUGAAUGGACGCGCGUGGAGAGCCUUGUUAGCCAAGUUUCUGGGUCGCGAGAUGCCAUCCGCCGCCUUGCCAAGGAUACAGACCCGAAGUAUCUUGCUUCGCCGCUCCCAACGCCUGUUGACCGGCCUCGUUCGCGGGGUCGAUCCCCCAGUCCCCAGCCUAGUGCGCACGAGACUGCGGCCAGUGAAGAGACAAGGCGGCCAUUCUGGAAGCGCAAGCCAAGUGGACAGUCGGGUACCGCUAGCAAGCGUGCGCCAGCUAGUACCGCGAACUCUAACUCGUCGCAGUUGGUGGUGCCUCCUGCUGACAGCAAGGCAAAGCCAGCCAGUAUCAUGAGCCACGCCGAUAACAUGGAUGAGAUCCACGAUCAUCUGAUGGCGGUACUGCGCGAUCUUGAUCACGCUGUAUCUGAAUUCUCCACGUUGAUCGCCCAGAGCAAAGAGCGACGGCAUCCGCCUCAGCCAUCUAUGGUUCCCCGGCGGAGCAUGGAAUCCGACAUCUCGCAGGAAUUCUUCGACGCAACAGAUGGGGGUGGUGACAGAUCUCCCCUCCUGACCAUUCAAGACAGCGACGACGAAGGUCCCAAGGAGGACCGCACCACCACCGCUGCCGAGGAAGUCGAGGACGACGCCCCCUCCGACAGCGACGACGAAUCCGCAACUCGCCAGGAAAGCGGCACAGCAUCAAGCCUGUUCCCAGUGAAAGCAAAAUCGCUGACCCCGCUACCUCUGGACCCCGUGAACCGCCGCACAAACAUCCUCGCCCCAACAGUCCUGCCGCCAAGCUUGAUCGGUUUCCUCCGCAAGAACGUCGGCAAGGACCUGUCCACAAUCUCAAUGCCCGUAUCCGCCAACGAGCCCCUCUCGCUCUUGCAACGAGCCGCCGAGGUCGUAGAGUACUCCACCCUCCUCGACGAAGCCGCCCAAUCCUCCGACCCCGUCGAACGCCUGAUGUACGUAACCGCCUUCGCCCUGUCCUCCUUCUCCAGCAACCGCGUCCGCGAACGCGCCAUCCGCAAACCAUUCAACCCCAUGCUGGGCGAGACCUACGAGCUCAUCCGCGAAGACCGCGGCUUCCGCUUCAUCGCCGAGAAAGUCUCCCACCGCCCCGUCCAACUCGCCUACCAAGCCGACAGCAAAGAAUGGUCCCUCUCGCAGUCCCCCAUGCCCAGCCAGAAAUUCUGGGGCAAAUCCGCCGAAAUCACAACCGAAGGCCGCAUCCGCAUCUCCCUCCACGCAUCCGGCGACCGCUAUAGCUGGACACCGGCAACAUCCUUCCUGCGCAACAUCAUCGCCGGCGAGAAAUACGUCGAGCCCGUCGGCGAACUGGCUAUCACUAACGAAUCUACCGGCCACCGAUCCAUCUCAACUUUCAAAGCUGGCGGCAUGUUCUCCGGUCGCAGUGAGGAAGUUACCACCCGUGCUGUCGACGCUAAUAAUCACCCACUCAGUCUCGGUCUGACUGGCUCAUGGCCUGCAUCCCUGUCUCUCACCCGCGACGGUAAUCCUACUACAACCAUCUGGUCUGCCGGUCCGCUGGUCCCUUCCGCGCCAAAACACUACGGUCUUACCGCGUUUGCGGCUGCGUUGAAUGAAAUCACACCGAUUGAGGAGAAUCGUCUUCCGCCGACCGACUCGCGAUUGCGUCCUGAUCAGCGCGCGCUGGAAGAUGGGGAUCUGGACCGUGCGGAGGAGGUGAAGGUGAGGCUUGAGGAGGGUCAGAGGGCGCGGAGGCGUGAGAUGGAGAAUGCGGGCGAGAGUUGGGUUCCGAGGUGGUUUACAAGGAUUGAUGGGGAUUCGGAUGGGGAGGUUGCUUGGAGACUUAAGGGGGGCAAGGAUGGGUAUUGGGAGGAGAGGGCUAAGGGGAGCUGGUCUAGUGUUGUGCCUGUUUUUGAGGAUCGGGGCUAG